CCUGACCAGCUAUGUUUGAGCAACUGACCUGGCAACGAGGUGGGCCUGACAAACACGUCUGGCCUUCUAGAGUCUCCUCUGCUGUUUGUAUCUUCAGACCACUAUGGUGCUGCUCAGGGCCCUGGUGCUGCUUCUUGCUCUGGUUGUCUCUGACGUCCACUGCCUGCCCUGGUUCAUAAAAGUCUCCGAGAGCCAGGGACCUGGCACCAUCCUUCAGUUUUUCUCCUUCAACUGCUCUUCUCAUAUACCUACCCUAGAGUUGCUCCAUGUGCAGCCACCCACCACCUUCUUCAACCCACCCAGCCUGACUAGGUGGCAAGGGAUCUAUGUGGGUGAGGUGACCUUGAGCAGCUCGGCCCAGCUGGAUGCCCUGGUGGUGAACCACUAUGAGCUGCAGCUGCGGUUCAUAUGUGGCAACCAUGUGAUGGAGGGACCACUCUCUGUGGAUGUGCAGCAGGACCCUGGCCAUAUCCGGUGUGCUGGCCGAUUUGCCAGCCCAGGUGGGGAAAUCAUUCAGGUGCUGGAAACAGUCUCACCUGGGGCCCGCCUGUACACUCUGCUGCUCCCAGGCCUGGAACUCCAGGGUGCCCAGAUGAGCAUCACCAGUGCCCAGGACCCUCCACACUUCCCUGGACCUUUCUCUAUCAAUAGGCAGGGUUGGCUGCAGGCGCCAUCCCAGGGCCUCAAAGGCCAGGCUCAAAAGAGCUUCCAGCUUCAGGUCUCAGUGACCUUUGGACAAAACCGAAGCUGCCAUGGGAUGCUGAUGGUUAAAGUUUUGCCUGCUCCCUCCAGCCAGGUCUCCUUCCUGGAGCAAGCCCAGAAUAUCACCAUCUUGGAGAACCUGGUCCCCGGGAGUAAGGUGGCUCAGGUCCAGGCCCGGGGCUUCGAUGUGCGCUAUGAAAUCGUCUCCCCGGUGCCCUGCCCGCUCUUCUCCAUCGGUCGCGCCGACGGUGUGGUGCGGACCGCUGCUCCUCUGGAGUUGACGCCAGCGACGAAAGGAGCCGCGGUUACACGGCUGCAAGUGAAGGCCUUCGAGCGGCUCCGUCCGUGGGCCAGCGUCGAGCUCGAUCUCACGGUGAAAGUGCGGUCAGUCAACCGCUGGCCCCCGCGCUGCCUCCCAGAGCUGCUGGUGACACAAAUCCCGGAGACCAUGCCUGUGGGCACCAUGCUGAACACCUUCACUUGCACUGACCCAGAUUCUCCUGGUUCCACCUUGGACUACCAGCUGCGGUUCCACAGCCCUCCUGGCCCAGCCAGUCUCUGCCUUCGAGAAAGGGUCCUGGAGGUGAAUGCCACACUGGACUGUGACACUCCUGGGGCCUGCUUUCAGCAUGCAGCCUCCAUCCUGGUGCUUGAUGAUGGUCAGCCCCUGAUGACCACUGAGGUGCCAGUACUGGUGAUGGUGACACCUGUCAACGAGUUCUCCCCAGCCUGUGUCUCACGCACAUUUCGAGUUCGGGAGGAUGCAGGGCCCCACACUCUUCUGGGCUCUGUGGUGGGCAGCGACAUGGACUACCCGCACGACAGCAUUGAGUACCACACCUCUGGCGGAUCCGCCACCUUUGCUGUGGACCAUCUCAGCGGAGAGGUUCGCCUCCUGGGGUCUUUGGACUAUGAGCUGCAAAGGUUAUACAGGCUCACUGUCCUGCUGACUGACCACAGCCAAGACCAGGACGCCACUUGCCACCACUCAGGCUCCUGCACCAUUACCAUCGAGGUUGAGGAUGUGAAUGACCAUGCCCCAGAGUGUGAGCCCCCCUUUCAGGAACUCACCAUCCACACAUCCCUGGGCCAGAGCGUGGAGGUGACCAAGGUGUUAUGUCGGGUCCCCCAGGAGCCUCAGCGCCUGGCCUUCUCCUACAGUAUCGUGGGAGGGAAUAGUCAGAGCCGAUUCAGUCUGCAAGGAGCCAUCCUGGUGCACAAUGACCUCAUGUUGGCACCCCCUUGGCCAGAGCAGCCUCAUACUUAUGAGCUAUUGAUUCGUGUGGCCGAUGCAGGUCCCUCCAUCCCCCAUCUCAGCACCACAGCCACCGUCAUUGUGCAUCUAGUUCCGUGGAGGGCCAGCACAGUGGCCACCAGCACCCACAGAGCCACAAUGCCUUCAAUGAUGACACCCCUGCUUGUGACAGACACGGAGGCUUUCUGGCAGCCGGAGCCCUGGUUUGUGGUGAUGCUGACAAUGACCGGUGCCCUUCUCCUCUUGGCUCUGGGCUGGCUCCUCAACAGGCUCCUUCAGGGGUUGGCCCGGGUGCUACAGGCACCAAGCAUACCAGCCCAGGCUCUGCUGCUAAACAGUAUCCAAGGAGCUGAGAGGUCCAUUGAGGGGUUCAUGGAGGCGCCGAGGAUGGAGAUGCCACAGGCACCCAGCAGCAUCAUGAGCCUGCAGCACUUUGAUGGCAGAGCACAGGACUCCCGUGAGUCCCCCUCUUCCCAAACUAUUCUCCACCUGGGCCCACUUUCUCUCCUUACCCCAUCUCAGUAUCUCCUCCUGCCACCAGACAUCCACUAUCUACUCUUUCCCUGAAUGGGGUCUGUUCUCACCCCCACUCACCUUCAGCCAGUAUCUGUCAAACACCUGUGGGACCAGGAGAUGAGUCAGACCUGGUUUGGUUCCUGCCCAAGGGGGAAUCGGGUGAAGGGGGAAGCCCCCAGAUACUGCACUGUCACCAGUGAAUUAUGGCAGAGUAAUCUGGCACCGGGUUUAGGGGAUCUAGUGUCCAGUUUUGGGGAAUUAAGGAUGCUUCCUGUGCAUUGGAGCCAGACCUCAAAGGAUUUGCUGGGAAAGGGGAGAAGGGACAGAUUGGAUCAAGCAGAAGAGGGGUCACACCAAGCGUUUUGGAAUGUCUUCCCCUACCUUUAGGGGAGGGAGGCAGUUUUGCUGAGGCCAGCAACACCUUCUCUCCCUCUCUCCUGACCAUCUGAGCUCAGGUACAGGCAGAGAUUACCUGUUCAACACGCGCACGGGAGCCCGGCACUGGCUCUGAGGCUGAGAAGCUGCUUCACUAUGUGUGGAAUUUCAUCUUCACGUGAUCAUGGGCUCUGU